UCGCGAUGAUAUCACUGUGGUACAAUGAAAGUCUGUGCUUGUAGACUACCAGUGAGGAAAGUGAUGUUUAUAUUAAGCCAUACAUGUAUCAUCCGGGGUUCAAUCCAUCAACUUCCACCCAGUAGCGUUACGUACCUAUAAGAUUAUUGUAACACCCAGUAUGAUAUCCCUCCGCUUGAACCUUCACACGGACGUACCUCUCAUCACAAAUUCAUGACUCUAUUUCAGGAAUACAAACGAUGUUAUUGCUUCACUGCACACAAUAUUGAAGUCAGAAUAAUCAUCUGCUCAGAAGUCAUUGCGUUCGAAAGUAAUUGGUUUCCAAAAGUGAAUAUUGGAGAGGAGUUCAGUACCUUGAUGGACACGGGUCAUAACAAGCCUUGUGAUACCCAACGGAUCGGGCUGUAGGUUCCAUUCGACCUGAUUGUCAAGCCAGGGCGAGUCUGCCCGCGCCAAGGCAGUCAGAUGGUGCAAAGUUCAUCGCAGUGAUCUCCGUGUUUUGCGAAUGCAUCUCAUCGAUACUGAUCUACUUUGUUAGUUGAACUGUCACACAUGGUCAAGUCAGAUGGAUAAAAUGGAUCUUUCUUCUUCACUGGUCCUCAUACUAGUUUUCAUUGUGUCAGUGGAUUACGCAGCGAGUCAAUCUGACCUUGACAACGGAGCAGAAGUUGAUACCUUCGGUUACGGAGAGAACUUGACGAUCGUUUCACCAAACUAUCCAGACUACUAUCCAAAUAACGUCAACACUCAAUGGCUUGUUUCUGGACCAGCAGACUACCAGAUCAUGGCAGUUUUUAGCACCUUUGAUCUGGAAUAUAACUAUGAUUUCCUGAGGGUUGGUUCUGGUCUUGAUCCAGAUGAUACAGCAUCAUUAUUGGCUAAUCUCUCAGGUUCUUCUCUACCUGAUAUCAUAGUCUCUAACAGCAAUGAGAUGUGGCUUGGUUUCACCUCAGACGGUUCAAAUACAGAGCUUGGGUUUAGGAUGAACAUCGAAGUUUAUACUCCAGGAAACUAUACAGAUCUUGACAACGGACCAGAAGUUGAUACCUUCGGUUACGGAGAGAACUUGACGAUCAUUUCACCACACUAUCCAGACUACUAUCCAAAUAACGUCAACACUCAAUGGCUUGUUUCUGGACCAGCAGACUACCAGAUCAUGGCAGUUUUUAGCACCUUUGAUCUGGAAGACAACUAUGAUUUCCUGAGGGUUGGUUCUGGUCUUGAUACAGAUGAUACAGCAUCAUUAUUGUCUACUCUCUCAGGUUCUAUUUUACCCGGUAUCAUAGUCUCUAACAGCAAUGAGAUGUGGCUGGUCUUUACCUCAGACGGUUCAAAUACAGAGCUUGGGUUUAGGAUGAACAUCGAAGUUUAUAUUCCCGGAAACCAUACAGACAAUGUGACCUAUUCUUCACUCCAGGACUCAGGGAUUUUCUUCGCGGAUAACUGUGUUGAGGAGUUCUGCUAUGGUGGCGAGGAAACGACUGUAUGUAGAUGCGAUGAUAUGUGCCAAUUCUUUGGUGAUUGCUGUCCAGACUACCCUCUGCCAAUCUCCAGCGAGACUCCAUCAAACGAGACUCUCUCAACCGAGACUAUAUCAAACGAGACUCUAUCAAACGAGACUCUAUCAAACAAGGCUUUACCAAACGAGUCUCUAUUAGACAUUGGCGUAUGGGAAUGUAUCGUUGAUUCUUUUCUACCACUAUUCUACCCAGAGCUCGGACAUGGUUACAGGAUGAUUGCUAGGUGCCCAUCAGGAUGGUCUUUAGAGGAGGAUGUCAAACGAAACUGUGAAGAGGUUUCUCCCAAUGCAACUAUCGAUGUUCUUUAUAUCUACCAGGACACAGAGACAUCAUACAUCGACUUCAAACUCCUAGCCGAGACGGUUGCAAGGACAUAG